CAGCCUGUCCCGGUCGGGCGUUGCCUGCACGCCAGGCUUGGUGGCCCCGCUGUUCCCGGGCCCGGCCCGCACCAUGGCGCACCUGCUGGGCCACCGCGGCUGCAUGGAGAGCCUGCGGGCCGACCUGCGCGACCUGCAGGCCGCCAUCGCCGACGUGUGCUCGCGGGCCGGCGCCGUGCGCUUCCCCUCGUGGAAGUUCCCCGACAAGGUGUCCUGCGAGCUGGACAUCGCCGUGCUGCUGCAGCGCUACCGGCACAGCGACAGCGAGCCCGAGUUCAGCCAGCACGCACACGUGGUGCUGCUGGAGCUGCUCAUUGACAGGCUGCUGCUGCUGCUGCAGAGCUUCACGGGCUACGCCGAGGCGCUGCUGAGCGGGCGGGCGGUGCCGGCGCCGCGGGGCCCGGGACCCGGCAUGUCCGCGGGGCUCACGGCCAGGACCUUCUGGAGCUCCAUGCUGAAACUCGGCGCCCUCUGCCAGCAGCUCCGCGACCAGGUUGGGAAAUGUCAGCAGGAGCACCUGAAAAGCAUCUUGCCAGAAGUUCUGGAGUCAGGAACUGCCUCCGAGGAUGCCCAGCCCAGUUCUGUGUGCCCAGAUCCCAGUGCCCAGCCCAGGGCUGGCCCCAGCCCGGCUCUGAGCACCCGCAGUGUCCCCACACAGACCCCGGGGCCACCCCUGGGCUCCUGUGACAGCUGCUCCAGCGCCCAGGCCAGCCUCCACGAGGUGGGCAGAGCCAUCACCAGCAUCUGCCAGAGCCAGAACAUCCCUUCAGCUCUCAGCAAGUUCCAGGAGGUGCUGGAGGACGGCGCAGGGAGAAGGAACCUCUCUGCAGCAGACAUGAGCUACUGGGCCUCGGAGCAGAGCAAGGACCUGUCCCGCAUCAACAAACACCUCCAGGGGCUGCUGCAGCAGCUCAACCCCGUGAGGGCUGAGCUGGAGCAGAUGGGCAAGCAGAAGGACAAGCUGCAGAAACAGGUUGAGGACUUUUCCAGGAAGCUGCAGGCAGAGAAGAGCAUCCAAGCAGAGCAGCAGAAGGCAGCUGAGCAGAGCCUGAAAGCCAAGGAAAAGGAGCACUCCAAGGCUGUGGCCAGGCUGGAGGAGGAAAAGGAUGAGCUCAGGAGAGAAGCUGCUCUGCUGGAGGAGCAACUCUCAGCCCUGAAGGAGGAGCUGGCAGCAAAGGAGGUGGCUGUGCAGGAGCUGGAGCUCUCCAAGACCACCUUGCUGGAGGAGGUGAGCACCUCAAGGGUGGCCAGGAGCCAGGUGCUGGAGCUGGAGGAGAAGGUGCAGGUGCUCACAGGCCAGAGGGACAGCCUGCAGCAGGAGCUGAGUGCCAGCAGGGUGCAGCUGGAGCAGGAGCUGAGUGCCAGCAGGGUGCAGCUGGAGAAGGAGAAGGUCCAUGUGGAGAGCCUGCUCCGGCACGAGGAGUCCCUGCAGGCCAAGCAGAGCACCCUGCUGCAGCAGCUGGACAGCCUGGACAGGGAGCUGCAGGAGAUGCAGGCCAGCCUGGGAGAGGCCGAGGAGGACAAGGCCCGGCUGGCAGAGCAGCUGGAGCAGAGCCAGCAGCAGAGGGGGAAACAGCUCCAGCAACAGCAGGAGCUGCUGGACACGCUGCAGCAGGAGAAGCAAUCCCUGGAGCAAUCCAUCCUGGAGCUGCAGGCCAACACAUCCCAGCUGCAGGAACAGGCACAGGAGCUGAGGGAGCGGGAAAGGCUCCUGGUGUUCUUCCCUGAUCUCCACACGCCCACUGAGACGCAGUUUGAGAGUAAGGGAGCAGAUGGGUUUGUGCCUUGGGUCUCCAGAGCUCCCAGGGGAUCCUGCUGGCCCCAGACACUCCCACUGACACCCAGGAAGGGCUCAGACCCUGUGUGGAGCUGUGACCAUCCCAAUGUGCCUCUGUGCAUCCCACAUCAGGGCCAGGACAUUGAGCAGGGCCAGGACACGGCAGAGCUUCCUUUGCCCACAGGCUUGGGGUUCCUGCUGCCACCUCCCAGGCUGUGCCACUGCUCCGUGCCCAGGGUGGGCAGGAGGGGUGCCCACACCUCUGAGCAGACAGGCAGCAGCAGGCUGGGCUCUUGGAUUUUGUCUGCAGGCAGUGGGAACUUAACAGAGGACAUGAAGAAUCAGCUCCAGGCCAACAAGAUCAGGAUUGAGGUGCUGGAGAGGGAGAACACGCAGCUGGAGGCUCUGCUGGCCAAGGUGAAGGCAGCAGCCGAGCAGGGCGUGCUCAAGCUCAUCCCACAGGCCCAGCUGGGGUCCCAGCUCCUCAGGGCAGCCAGCAGGCAGGACAGUGGGCAGCUCAGCAGCAGGAGCAGCGGGGACAGCCCGGGGCUGCCAGGAUGCACGGACAAGGGCUGGCACAGAGCUGCCAGCAGCCAGCACUCCAACAAACUGCGGGCAGAGCCCUCCCCCCAGGCCAAACCCUGCCUGUCGCUCCCAGUGCGCCGCCUGGGGCUCAGCCUGCCCUCGCUGCACACCGGGGCUCACCACAAAUAAACACGGAUCACUCUGCAUUUCCUGACACACAAACCUCCACCAGCGGCACCUGCCCUGCCCAGGGGACCUCGUUACUGGGUCUUGGUGCGUCAGGAAGGGAAAGCUGGGCUCUGCCUGCUUCCUGGGGGAGCUGCUCCAGGGACGUUGCUGGGCACUGGAUCAGUCACCCUUGGCUACGCUGCUGCCGGAGUCCCCAGGAGAGCCCUGAGCUGAUGCCAGGGCACAGUUUGUGCUAGCUCCUGCCAGGAACCAUUCCCAAAGGGGCCUGGGAUGUGGCCACACUUGGAAGAGGAAAGCAGAGCUGGCGUGGGAUGAGAGGAGUCCAAACCACCCUCAGCCCACCAAUACAGCCACAGCCUGGGAAAGUAAUUGUCCCUCUAUGAGCCCCGAGGGGCUGGGAACCACCAAG